AUGGACAUGAACAAGCCCAUCUUUACGGCACCGCCUGGAUACAUCGUCGAUGUCAAUAACCCCCAGAGAACGGGCGAAGCUGCCAACUUCUGGAUUGGUACAUUGGGCAUGAUCGUUGCCGCCAUCUUCAUGGCUAUACGCGUCUACACGAAGACGAGACUAGCAAAGAACUUCACACCAGACGAUAUAGCGCUGCUCAUAGCAUGGUGCUUCUCCAUCGCAAUACAAGUUCCCAUCCUCUUCCAAUACGGCCGCGGCACUCUCGGCGUCCACAUCUGGGAACUAACCGGCCACCGCGUCAAUUCCACCAUGAACUUGAUCAGCGUAGCAAGCAUAAUCUAUUGCCCCUUCCUCGCCAGCGCCAAACUCUCCCUUCUCUUCUUCUACCUCCGACUAUCCCACCUCCGCUGGUUCAAAUCAUGUGUCUACGCAAGCAUGUUCCUCGUCGUCGGCUACAACAUCGCGCUCGUCUUCCCACUCAUCUUCGCUUGCACGCCUUUCCGACGGAACUGGGAUGUUACUAUCACGGAGGGAAGCUGUGUUGAUAGGACACCUCUCGGCGUCCGUCUAGCCCUCCUCUUCCCUAUGCUGCAGACCAUCGAUCAAACAUGGGCCAUCGUCAUGCCGGGUAUCUGGAUGUAA